AUUGCCUUUACGCUUGAUAACCUCUCCAACCUCCUCAAUUCCUACAACCCUACCGCAGACAACCUGGACAAGUCACUCUUCUCGGCGUCCUCGCCUUCGGGCAACUACCAUUAUAGUCCCCGCGUAGCGAGACUUGGACCAGACGCUUCUUCUGGUCUCAACCAGCUGUUCGAAGAUGCUUCUGCUUCUUCUGCCCAGCACGCGUACCGGUCGCACCUCCAGUCAUACCAUCCGUCUCGGCACUCUGAUCCUGUUUCAAAUGAUGAUGUAGUUCCUCCUUGCACGCUUCCUCAAAGCGCUGAUGUAUCCCGUCCUGUCUCGUCCUCGCCCUCCUCUGUCGAGGCUCAUCUUCCCUCCUUCCCUCCACCACGCAGCGCGCCUCAUCAUCAGGACACGUUUGCGCCCCCGGAGCCUUCCAUUGAACCCAAUAUGGAUCGGUACUCGAUGACAAACCUUACAGAUCGCUACUUACGGGGUCCUAACAAGACAGCACUUGGACACUACCCUCAACACGAUCAGCGUCGUAUGUCUGAGCCCUCCGUCCACGGCCCCGUCUAUAACGGUCAUUCUGCCCCAGCCGUCAAUAUCGCAGGGUCUGGGCGCUAUCAGCAACUACAGCAUGAGUUCACACCUGUGCACACAUCACCACGGUCAUAUGAGAGUUACAUUACAUCCAACCUUCACCGUACGCUCAGCUCUGGUGAUCAAUCGGGAUCGCCAUGGAAGGAGGAAGAACAGCCCAUCGCUCUCCCGUCUUAUACAGCUACUGGCUUCGAAGAGCCUAUAUCUCCAUUAAAUGCGACCUUUUCUGGUGGGGAAGGCUCCCCCGGCCUCACUCUUGCCGGCGUCGGCGCCUAUCCAACAUACACCGAUGACUACGGACCGUCACCACCAGGUACGGGUACGUCAACGUCCUCCAGCGUGUUAGGCAACCGCUCGCUGGCCGAUCAAAAGUCUCACCAGCACCAGCACUCUGGCAGCAGCGGCUCUGCAGGAGGGACGCCAAAUAGCAAGCAGUACUCGUUCGUUGCACUUCCCGGGAAUGCCGUAAGGAAACGCCCACGCCGCCGAUACGACGAGAUUGAAAGGCUGUAUCAAUGCUCGUGGCCUGGCUGUACCAAAGCGUACGGAACCCUUAACCACCUCAACGCACAUGUCACGAUGCAGAAGCACGGUUCGAAACGAAGUCCUAACGAAUUCAAAGAGCUUCGCAAGCAGUGGCGGAAGGCAAAGAAGGAGGAGGCCGAAGCUCGCGCUCUCAGGACUGCCGCCGCUCAGGACCAUUUCCACAUCUCACGAGGCUCUUUUGACCUGCAGUCGUAUGACAUGCACCACCAACAGCAACUUCAGAUGGGCCGAAUAGACAGGUACGGCCAACAUUUGGCGCAAAACGGCGACUAUCACCACGACCAGGCCGACGAAUACGGUCUACCUACUGCUCGGGAAGGCAUGUUUGUACGCCGUGAUCACUUUGGUGCCUUUGAGCCCAGCUACUCCUCCAUGCCUGGCCAGCAACUUCAAUAUCCUUCCGCGGACCCCUCGAACGCCGUCUUGAACCGACUUCCGCCCGAUAGCACUCUCCUAACACCUCUUCCUGGCUAUGAGUCCAACCCCAUGGCCAACGACGGCAGUGACGUUUAUUUGGGUGGCAGCUACGAGCUCUAUUCGAAUGAUGCUCGCCCCAGCUCCCGUCAUGACUCUCUCAACGGUUAUCCUGUCGACCGGAGACAUAGCCUGUAUUCGGGAGACAGCAGGCCGCGUUCAGGACACGCCGAUAUUCGGCCCCGCGACGGGUACGGCCAAAUCUGAAUGGCGGCAAUAUGAUACCCCUAUGGACUGGACCGCCUUCAUCAGCACCCGCCCGACGCGAGGUUCAUGGUCAAAUUUACAACCAGUCCACACUUUGCAACGUGCUUCUCUAUCUCGCAUCGAUCUUUCCGGCUGCUAGCGCCGCAAUUCGUAUUCGCCGCGUCACACUCUGUCAAUAUAGUUAUUUUACAUAUGAUCUCAUUACUGUAUACAGUUUUCCUAUAUUCUCUACCAUGACAAGCCUAGCUUAUCACCACAAUACUGCAGUUGUCUCUGUACAGUAGUCUAAUU